AUGUAUAACGAUACCACUCACGACAUAUACAGUGCUUGCGAUGGCAAAGGUCAUCACUCGGACUUAUACGAGCCUAUUGCCAUCAUCGGCAUGGGAAUGCGGCUUCCGGGCCACGUCCAUAACGCCACCGACUACUGGGACCUUCUUGUCAAGGGCAACAGCGGUCGCUGCCCCGUACCCAAAAGCCGCUACAACGUCAACAACUGGUAUGGGCCAGGAAGAGUGUCCCACGUUCCAACCAAGUUUGGAUACUUUCUCGAAGAGUUGAACCUGGCACACGUCGACCCAAGCUUUUGGUCGUUCACAAAACAAGAGGCCGAGCUCAUGGAUCCGCGGCAACGCUUGUUUCUCGAGGUGGCUUACGAAGCUUUGGAGAAUUCCGGCUCAAAAUCAUGGAAAGGCAAUGAUGUUGGGGUAUAUGUUGGUACCAUGGGGGAGGACUGGACCACACUCGAGUCCCGCGACGAGCGGAACCUGAACGCUAUCCGACCGGACGUGUUUGGUGACUACAUCCUGGCUAACAGAGCAUCUUACGAGUUCGAUCUGACAGGCCCAAGCGUUGUUGUGCGGACUGCUUGCUCCGCAUCUCUAGUCGCACUCCAUCAAGCCUGUCAAGAUCUGCAUAGUGGCGACUGCUCCUCUGCCCUUGUCGGGGGUGUCAACCUCAUCCUUACGCCUAAAGAGACUGCCUCCAUGCAUCAAAACGGAGUCCUAUCACCUUCGGGAUCUUGCAAAAGCUUUGAUGCAGAUGCCGACGGGUUUGCAAGGGGCGAAGGAGUAUCUGCAAUUUAUAUCAAAAGGUUAUCUGAUGCAGUGAGAGACGGCGAUCCGAUCCGCUCUGUGAUUCGCUCCACUUGCACCGCCGGAAAUGGUCGAACCCUUGGGCUGACGACACCGAACCCCGAGAUCCAUGAACGGCUGAUGAGGAGGGGCCACAGGUUGGCUGGCGUCACAGAUUUGUCGAAAACUGCGAUGGUAGAAUGCCACGGCACUGGAACACCUGUAGGGGAUCCUUUGGAAGUGAGUGCUGUUGCCAACAUCUGGGGCGAGAAUGGUAUUUAUAUCGGAUCGGUGAAACCAAACAUUGGGCAUGGUGAAGGGGCUGCAGGCCUGUCAAGUGUCAUCAAGAUGGUGCUGGCAUUGGAAAACUCAACUAUUCCACCAAAUAUCAACUUCAAAACACCCAAUCCAAGAAUUCCAUGGGAAACCGCCAGGCUGAAAGUUCCGACAGAGCCUCUGCCCUGGCCAACCGACAGAUGUGAAAGAGUUUCGGUCAACGGCUUUGGAAUUGGCGGUUCCAAUGCUCAUGUGAGUGUUGACGUCAGGGUUUGUCUUACAGCGCUAAUUCUCUACCAGGUCUUGCUUGAAUCUACCACAUGCUUUGGUCUGCCUUCGAUCAGGAUUCUCAACAAAUCAAACCCAGAGACUCCCUAUCACCGCUUGCUCGCUUUCUCGGCCAAACACCCUGACUCUGUCAAAAGCCUGACAAACAAGGUUGAGAAUUACCUGAACCAGUCAUCAGGGAGUCUGAACAACGUUGCAUAUUCACUGGCUGCGCGCCGCGAGAUCCACACAUAUCGCGCAUUCUGUGUGACUGAUGGUAGCAGUGCACUGCAGAUUUCUCCAGUUAUCAAAAGAAAGUGCUCAACUCCCGAUGUAGUUUGGGUAUUCACGGGCCAAGGAGCCCAAUGGGCGCAGAUGGGAAAAGAACUUAUCGAACAAGAGCCCCUGUUCGGAGAACGGAUCGACAGUCUUGAUAAAAUCCUUGCUGGGCUAUCCGAACCUCCGUCUUGGACGAUAAAAGGACUGCUUGUAGCCUCGGAAGACGAGAGUCGCCUCUCCGAGGCUGAGUUCUCCCAGCCAUGUCUUCUCGCCAUACAAGUCGCUCUUGUCGACUUGCUUCGAUCAUGGGGGGUUGUUCCAAGUGCGGUAGUUGGGCACUCUUCGGGUGAAACCGCUGCCGCUUAUGCAAGUGGUGCCAUCACGGCCGAAGAGGCCAUACUCAUCGCAUAUCACCGAGGUCAAAUCACCCGCCUCAUCAAAGCUGUGCACAAUGGCAGCAUGGCUGCCGUUGGCCUUGGCCGACACCAGGCCGAGAAGUUUCUACGGCCGGGAGUCAUUGUAGGGUGCGAAAAUUCUCCUUCCAACGUGACCCUGUCAGGUGAGAGCGACGUUUUACAAGACGUCCUACACAAUAUUCGGCUGAAGAACCCGGAAGUGCUAGCGCGAGCCCUCCGGGUCGAGUGUGGUUAUCAUUCCCAUCACAUGAAAACCGCAGCAGAGGAUUUCACAGCACGCUUGGAAGGGUUAUUACAGAACAAGAAGCCAUGCGUCCCGUUUUACUCCUCUGUAACUGGGGUCAAGAACACAGACAUGUCCCACUCAUACUGGGUAAAUAACGUCUUGUCUCCCGUUCUGUUCAGCACGGCAGUACAAUCGGUCCUGGACGAUUUCACGUCACCAGUUUUCGUCGAAAUCGGCCCACAUUCCGCUCUCGCUGGGCCGAUUCGUCAGAUUCUGCAGUUCAAGAAUAGAACGGCUCAGUAUAUACCGACGUUGAUGCGCAGCCAAGACGCAAUGCCGGCUCUUCUAAAGACAGCAGGGGAGCUCUGGCUAGCUGGCACGACCAUCGAUAUUGCUAUAGUGAACCCUCCAGGCCAGUUUCUGACCGACCUUCCGACGUACCCUUGGCACUAUGACAAGGAGUAUUGGCUCGAGAGUAGGCUUUCUCGCAGUUGGCGUUUCAGAAAGUUCCCUCAUCACGAACUUCUUGGCUCCCGAGUUGAAGAGAUCUCGGACGCGCUCCCUUCUUGGAGAUGCAAUCUGCGUCUCGAUGACGUCUCGUGGUUAGGGGACCAUGUCGUGAGAGAUCAGACCAUUUUCCCUGCUUCGGGGUUCAUUUCAAUGAUUGGAGAGGCUUUGAGGCAGCUCACAGGCUCUGGCGAGUUCACUCUCAGUCAUGUGUCGUUCGAAGCCGUUCUGGUGCUCGAUGAUCGGCCAGUUGAGCUGGUGACGGUCCUCCACCCGGCGAAAUCGAGUAACUCAGACCAACAUACUUGGUACGACUUUUCAAUAUCUUCGCUCGGUGAAGAAAACGAACGCUGGGUGAAACAUGUUUCCGGCCAAUGCAGAGCAGGCUCGGGCAAGAAGCGCCUCCCUCCGCAAAUGUCUACCCUACCGCGCCAAGUCUCGGCAUCUUCGUUCUACAACACCUGGAAGAGAUUUGGUCUGAACUAUGGCAGCAGCUUCCGCGGGCUUUCUGGCAUCACCUCGCACGUCACUGAGCCUAAAGCCGUUGCAACGCUCGAUGAUAUGCAUUCUGGUUACAGCAGUGCAGUAUAUUCUGUCCACCCGGCAACUUUGGAUACGAGCAUGCAUGUGGCCAUGGUCGCCAGCUGCAAAGGUCUUGAAAGAAACUUCAGGCAGUUGGUUGUGCCAAUUUACCUCCAGGAAAUGUUCGUCAGAAAAACUACGGGCCCAAUUCAGGUCAUCGCCAGCGCUGAGAGUCUACCCGAGGCUGUUCCUCUAUCCAAGGUCGUCGGCGUCUCCGAGAGGCAGGUCGUCAUUGAAAUCUCUGGGUUGCAAGUCAGAGCCCUCGAGAAUAGUCACAGCAACGAGGAGGACCCCCACGCCGGCGCCGUCCUCGAAUGGAAACCCGAUAUCAACUUCGUCAGCCCCUCGCAAUUGUUGCACCAGCAACAGACGGAUGUGGACUCCCAUGUCCUAGAUAGAAUGGUGCUGGCCUGUAUCGUUGAUCUCAGGGCUCAGAUCCAGUUUCUCCCUGCUACACAACCCCAUUUAGUCAAGUUUAAACAUUGGCUUGACGCCUCAUACAGGGAGGCUAUGACUGGACAAUACCCUGGAGUUAUUAAUUCACUUGAAAUCGCGACAAUGAGCCACAAAGUUCGACAUGCAUUCAUAGUCAAGAUGCUCGAAUUUUGUAGGGGCACUAUCUUCUUCGAUAUCGCUCACGCAGUCUAUCGGGUUCAUAUCUAUGGUGCAGGUUGCUUUUCAGGCUCCUCGCACGCAGUCAAGACACUAGCGCAGCCUGAGCAUCUCACCGGUUUCCUUAGGUUCAUUGACGAUGUAGACUUUUCCAAUCUCCUUCAACUUCUAGGACACAAGAAUCCGAACAUGAGCAUCUUACACAUUCAUCCCGCGGCAGAGUCUACCGACAUAUCAUCGGUCUUUUUAUCUCCGGACGGCGAGCGUACCUAUGGUACCUAUACCUAUACUGGUGUCUCCAUAAAGCCAACAAACUUUAUCGAGAGACGGUGCGAAUCGUCAUCAGCAGUCAAAUACAAAAAGCUGGCGAUAGAAGAAGAUCCUAUUCCUCAGGGCUUCGCCGAAGAAUCAUUCGAUCUCAUCAUCUCUCAACAAUCCACAGCCUCCUUCUCACCAGACUCCAUAAUUAACAUGCGAAGGCUUCUGAAGCCUCGCGGCUACUUAAUUCUUCAGCGCCCGAAUCCCGCAUCCAAGGUUCUUCAGCUCGCCUUUGGUCUUGUUCCGGAGAUCAACCUCGGUAGUGAGUCACCAUUACAGCCGGAGGCCUUGCGAGAACAGUUGAGACUUGCCGGUUUUGACGACGCUUCGUCAGCUACAUUUACCGGAGAGGGUGGCAGAAUUACUGUGGCCCAACCUUGUCAAUAUUACUCAAAGCCUGUGAGAGCAAGUGUCGUAUGCCAAGAUUCAAGCCACCCCAUUGUUUCUAGCGCUACAAUGUUCUUACAGUCGCGGGGGAUUUCUCUACAAUAUUUCCCCCCUGGACACAGGCUUCCUCGGGGCCAACCCAUCUUGUGUCUGCUGGAUCUUGAGUCACCCUUCCUUCACAACAUGGGUCCUGCGCAGUGGAACGAGCUAAAGAAGUCUUUGUUCUCAGCACAAGACGAGAAGAUGCUCUGGGUUACGGGUGCCUCUCAGAUGCACUGCAAAGACCCGAACUACUCUCUAACACUGGGUGCCGCUCGUAGCGUGCGAAGAGAGCUGGCAAUGGACUUAGCCACACUGGAACUGGAGUUCUUCAACGUCCAUGGGUGGGAUGCUGUGGUCACUGUACUCAAAUCUUUCGGAGGGCGCUUCCGUGGAGGUGAGGUUGAUUCGGAUUCCGAGUACGUCUUCUCCAACGGAUCAAUCCAGAUCUGUCGGUUUCACUCCACCAAGGUUAUGGAUAACCUGAGGGAACGAUGCGACAACGCCCCGAAAACUCUAAACAUCGUCAAUGUCGGAUCUUUGCAGACAUUGAGAUGGGAAGAAACCGAAGGUGUAGGAUUGGAUAGAGACAACCUUCGAAUUGAGGUGCGAGCCGCUGGGGUUGAUACCAAGGACCUACAUGCUUCGCUAAGUGAUGUGUCAAGCGAAGCCGGUCUUUCUAGCAAGUUUGGACUCGAGGGCAGUGGUAUUGUUACAGGCGUGGGGCCUGAUGCCCGCAAAUUUCGCAUUGGUGAUCGAGUUGCCUUUAACCAUGACAGUGCUCUAUCAACCUCCAUCAUAUUGUCCGAAUCUCUAUGCGCAGAGAUUCCUGCUACCAUGGGUUUUGAGGAAGCUGCAUCAACGCCAUACUCUUUCGGCCUAGUUCUACAUGGACUAAUGGAAUUGGGGAAACUGAAAAAGGGCCAAUCCGUAUUGAUUCAUUCAGCUUCCGAUGCCCUCGGGGCUGCCGCAAUCAAUGUGGCUAGAUUGAUUGGUGCCGAGAUUUUUUGUACAGUCCGGACUUCGGAACAGGCCAAAUACCUCAUGAGUUCGUAUGAGAUUCCUAAAACCCGCAUAUUCAGCUGCGGAGACGCUUCCUUCUCGCACGAAGUUUUGCAGUUGACGGCUGGGGUUGACGUUGUGUUCAACACUCUACCUGAAUUUUUACAAGAGUCCUGGGACUGCCUUUCACCACUUGGGACAUUGGUACACGUCGUCCAACACAGAGCCCACAGUGGAAGUCAUCUACGGAUGGACCGUUCAAGCUGCAAUCGGACUUUCGUCAGCGUAGACUUUGAAGAUCUGAGGAUUAAUCGUCCGCGAGAAUGCAUCAGGCUCCUGGAACAAGCGUUCACACUUAACAAGUUUGGCUUGAACAACCCAGCCCCGGAAAUUCUAACAUUCAAAGCUUCUGAUGUGGCUCUGGCAUUUCAACACCUUCAAUCCGACAAACACGUUGGACGGGUUGUUGUAAGGAUGCCUCGCAGCAGCGGGGAGCUUCAAGCACUCCCUUUACGCUCAAAGAUUUCUCUCCGGCAUGACAGAACUUACAUCAUUGUCGGUGGUGCUGGAGGCCUAGGCCAAGCCACUGGUCGCUUUCUUGUCGAGAGGGGGGCUCGCAACCUGAUAUUCUUCUCGAGGUCGGCCGAAGAAGCCUCCAAAAACCAGCCACAGUACUUCAUGGAACUAGAGUAUCUAGGCUGCAGGGUUCAAGCGAUCUCUGGUAGCGUUGACAAGAUGGCCGAUGUGGUCAGGAUGAUGGACUCCGUGUCAAGUCCAGUCGCUGGCGUCUUGAACGCAGCGAUGGUUCUUCAUGACACGAACCUCGCCGAUAUGACUUUCGAGGAAUGGCAAGCCACUGUUUCGCCGAAGGUACAGGGAACAUGGAAUCUUCAUUAUGCUCUCCAGGCGCAAAACGAACCACUCGACUUCUUCUUUCUCUUCAGUUCCCUAUCUGGACUCGGGGGUCAAAUCGGCCAGGCCAACUACGCCGCCGGCAAUGCUUUCUUGGAUGCUUUUGUGCAAUAUCGUCAUUCUCAGGGUCUUCCAUGUUCUGUUCUCGACAUCGGAAUCAUGGAAGACAUUGGCGUUCUUGCAAGGGAAACCAGCCGCCUGGAAGCACUUCGCAAACUGUCGCAGCAUUGCCUCCACGAGCAAGACUUGCUCGACGCCAUGGAAUUGAUGAUCCAGCGCUCCAACGGUCGUCUUGAUAUCGGGUUCGAACAAGGCAAUGGCCUGGCUCGAGGGUACAUUAAUCCAAGUCAACUCGCUAUCGGCAUGCGGUCGUCUGCUUCGACGAACAGAACUGGGUGGCAGAGAGAUCCACGCACUCUUUUUCUAACGAGUGCAGCCUCUACCAACGGCCAGGCUCAUGAUGAGCACGAGACGGGCAGUUCCCUGAGGGAGUUCAUCCAGGGUUGUGCAUCAGACCCAGGGAAACUGUCAUCUGACGAAGCCAAACAGUUUUUGGCCAAAGAAAUCGGCGGCGCAUUGAGGGGGUUCAUGAUGCGGCAGGACGCGGAAGUCAACCUGUCUUUGCCUCUGCAGACGGAUUCGUUGGUUACGGUGGAGCUGCGUAACUGGUUCCGGCAAAAGUUGGGAGUCGUUUUCACUGUUGUUGAGUUGCGAAGUGCGGAAAGCAUUUUGGCACUUGGCGGACUGGCAGCUGCCAAACUCUCUGUUGCAAACAUGUGA